AAUUGUUAAUGUGCUUUGCUGUCACAACGUAAUACAUGCUUGCUGUGGCACAGGCAGCGGCAGUUCUUGGAACUGCACGCGCUCGGUGUACCCGUCUCGGAAGUCUAAUUGAGUUGAACCUACUUCAAAACCUACGUUCUGAGGACACAGAAAUGCAACUUAAGAACAGUAGUUUGGUUCGGAGCUGCGCGACGGCGCAUGGCCCCAAAUCUUCUUUCGGUGCUUGGCGCACCGUAUCCACAAAUUCUUGUCGAAAAUUGCUGCACAGUUCGUCUCAUGUUUAUAGACAGCGUGUGUCGGAAAGCCUGCCCAAACUGCGAUUUGGCUGCUUUUCCUCACCAGCCGCUCCGACUACUGUUGCACGCUCAUGCUCUACAUCACCAGCCAUUCAAACAUCCUCUCCACCGCCGGCUGAAAUCGAAGCGACCUGCCUCCGUUGCACCCUCGGCGCUAUCAGCGGCGACUUAGCAGAGGAGCUCGGUGACGUACUUCUCGCCAUGGGAGCUCAGUCCGUUGUCGUGCAGGAGCACCGCCCCCCCGGUGCCCCCGAGCAGCCCAUCUACGAGGACGGCUGCGAGGGCGGCACCGCGCUGUGGGACCGCUGCGACCUCAUUGCGCACUUCCCGCUGGAGGCGGACGUGGAGGGCACUCUGGCGCUGGCCGCGGUCGCGGUGGGGCUGCCUCCGCCCCAACCCUCGGACCCCCCGCAACAACAACCGCACCAGCAGCUACCCGACCAGCAGCAUGGGGUGACGGCAAGCGCUGUGGGCGCCGUCGGCUCGCAGGGUGAGGCUGCCGCCGCUGCUGCUACUGAAGAGGAGGAGGAGGAGGAGGUGUCAGUUGCUGCUGGUGGUGACGGCGGUGUGCUGACUUACCGCAUAGAGCCGGUUGCCAACGCGGGGUGGGUGGAGCAGAUCAAGGCCAGCUACGUGCCGCUGCAGUUGGCGGAGGACCUGUGGAUCACGCCAGAGUGGGGCUCGCUGGAGGGGGAGGAGGGGGAUGAGGGGGAGGGGGAGGAGCAGCAUGGGGAGGAGGGGCAGCAGGAGGCGCAGCAUGGACAGGGAGUGGUGAACAUCCUGCUUCAACCCGGAGUGGCGUUUGGAACGGGCGAGCACCCCACCACCCGGCUGUGCCUGCUGGCCCUACGCCAGCUGGCGGCAGGGGGCGGGCUGGCGGGGGCGGCGGUGUGCGACUACGGCACCGGCUCGGGCGUGCUGGCCAUUGCGGCACUCAAGUACGGAGCGGCACGAGCGGUGGGAACCGAUAUUGACUCGUUGGCAGUUAAGGCGGCACAACGCAACGGCGCCCUCAACGGUUUCCAACCGCCCACCUUCACCGUAUUCCAAUGCGGAGGCGGAAUACACGACCCGGAACCCCUGGCAGCGGCAGCCGCUGCAGCAGCAGGCGGCGGAGGUGCCGCAGCGGCGGCUGGCGGUGCGGCGGCGGUAGCGGCGGCCGCCGGGGUGGUGGCAGCAGCCGGCGGCGGCGCAGCCGCCGCCGUCGUAGGCGGCGUGACGGCCGCUGCCGCUACUGCGGCGACGGCGGCAGUGGCGGCGGCGGCGACGGGAACCGUCAGCGGCGGCGCCGCCGUCGUCGUUGAUGAUGCGACGUUAGCGGCGACGUUGGCGGCGGCGGGUGGUGACGACCUGCAGCAGUUCGACCUGGUGGUCGCCAACAUACUGCGGGGCCCACUGGUGGAGCUGCAGCCGCGGCUGUCCGGCUACGUGCGGCCCGGCGGGCGGCUGCUGCUGUCGGGCAUCCUGGCGGAGCAAGCGCCCGAGGUGAUAGCGGCCUACUCGCCGCAGUUCGGGGACUUCUCCAUGCAGGUGGAGCAGCAGUGGGCGGCGCUGAUGGCGACCAAGCGCGGCAGCGACACCGCUGCUGCCACUGCUAUCACUUCCGAGCGACAGUAGCGGGGAGCAGUCAGCGAGCGGCAGUAGCGGGGAGCAGUCAGGAAGAAGUAGGGCUGGGAGGGAACGGGGCAGGGCCGCAGGGGUGGGCUGUGAGGGGUGCGUUGUUUGGGGAGGGGUUGGUUGGUGCGUCCGAAGGUGUUGACAGCAGUGGGUGGGUGGUAGGAGGUGGCAGGAGGAGGCUGCACCUCGCUCGUCACAUGUCCUCGAGGUGUGGCGAGUACGCGUGCUGGAUGGGACGAAUGAUUAGGUAAUACAUUCGGUUACUUCGGUGCUUAGGGGGAAAGUGAACUCGCUUUUGCUGUGCUUGCGUGAAUGCGGUUUGUCCCAUUGAGAUGGUGUGGUUUACAGCAGGUCUUUUAUUCAACGUGACCCCAUUUCCUCGGUCACUUUUUGCAUCCUCCUAUCUGCUCCUAUGGUUGCUAAACCGCUUCAAACAGAGAGUAACGGUAGUAGGUUACAUGGUGGGGUUACAUGUAUGCAGGUUACCGGUACAUACCGGCAUCGACCUCAUAUAUUGCACACGUAAUAUACUCCCAUGCCACACAA